AUAGUGGGCGCGUUCAGGUUUGUCGCGUCGCGUCGCGUCGCUCGUUUACUGUAGACUGAGGAGUGAGGUGUUGGAUGUGAAACUCUCACUCCUCUCCCCCCGACUGUCACCGACAAACAAUGUGGGACGCUGGAAUUUGUUAUGCCACACCACAGAGACUUGUGCACCGCUUUUUAUACACCGCCGCGUCACAAGUAAAUCUCGCGUUUCGCAGAGCUGGAAAAUAUGUGUAAACUACUGACAGCGGUAAAAUACACUUUGCACUAUCACCCGCGGUUGAGUGCUCACAAAUGUCAUGCACUGUUCAAGAGCUUUUGCCUUCUGUGACAUUCAGCGGACUUAAUAACAACCAACAUGAAGCAGACAGGUACAGUUAGAACGCUUUGCCUGUUCUAAAGGACUUUUAAACUUGUUGAAAUCGUUGUAAACAUGGAAGAGGCAGGUGCUGGCAACGGUACUGGGACGCAGGGCUGUGAACCGGAGCGUUCUGGAGACGGAGGACUGGAUGAGGUGCAGAUGCAUCUCGCCUGCUUACCGGAGCGAUACAUGAGAGCGAAGUUCUCCCUCUCCGCGUACAUAUUUUGUUGGACAGUAGUAAAGUUGUGUCAGAGAUUAAGACCGUCGCCAGUUCUUCCCCAGGCCCCGGCUUUAGAGGACCCUGGGAGUGAGGCAGCCUGUCUGGAUGAUGGGGAGUCUCUGCAGGAGGAGCAUGGAGAGCAACAGGACCAUCAGGAAUGGUGUGAGCCAGUUCCUGAAGCAGUACAGGACACAAAAGAGGAAUAUUUUGACACACACUCUCAGCACAGUGACACUUUCUCUGUCUUGAGUCAUGAAACUAAGGACUGCUGCAGGACAUCGCUCAGCUAUGAGACCGGAUCUUGCUCUGUGGGUCAUCUGGACUCACACUCACCUUCAGUUAGAAAGAGGGAUCCCUCUUCAUCAAACCAGCAUCAUUCUGUCAAUCAUGCUGACAGUCUCAGUAGAACAGUGGAUGGAGAACAAUUGCAAACACAGUCUGGAAAUAUGGGGAUGAUGCGCAUGGGAGUUGAUGGCACUGGAAUGUCGCAAGCUAAGGGUGCUCUGGAAUGUGAGGAGGUUUUUAGCAAUUUUCCAGCGGGACCUGGAGUUGAUUCUUCUUCAAGGAAUGACCAAUCCUACGUAGUAACACCCCUACUGGCAUUAGAGAACGCUGUAGAACCACAAACACUCACUGAGCCAUGUGCUAAUGACUCAUUAUUGACCUUAACAGACGGUGAUGGAGCCAAGUCUCAGUUUGCUGACACCUUUGAGGGAAGAUCGAAAUGGGAUCAAAUUAACAAAAAUAUCACAGACGCUCAGUCAGGACACAAUGAGCCACGAAUACAGAACAUAACCUCAAGUGAAAAGCAGUUACGGCAAAAUGAUAUUGACACUAGUAAUACUGAAAUACAGUUGAUUUCGAAUGCAUCUGUUGCGAAUAGUAAAGAUAACAAAUGUCAUGAGCUGGGUGUUAAUGAAAAUAAGAUCAGUUUAUCUGUAUCACGUCAUCUUUCUGUAGAUGAGUCUGUAUCAGUUGAGAAGCCUAUUGAACAGGAAUUUGACGAGUCAACAAAACAUAGCCAAUCACAGCCCUCAGUAGAGCACAGCCAAUCACAGCCCUCAGUAGAGCACAGCCAAACACCAUCCUCAGUAGACCACAGAAAAUCACAACUGUCAACAGAACAUAACCAAUCACAGGAUUCUAUAGAAUGCAGCCAUUCACGGAAUUCAGCAGAACACAGCCAAUCACAGGCCUCAACAGAAGACAGGCCAUCACAAGAUUUUGUUGAACACAGCCAAUCACAGGACUCAGUUGAACACAGGCAAUCACGAGACUCAAUAGAACACAGUCAGACACAGGAUUCAGUAGAAUGUAGGCAAUCACAGAAUUCAGUAGAAGACAGCCAAUUACAAGAACAUAGUCAGUCAAAGGAUUCUGUAGAAUGCAGCCAAUCACAGGAUUCUAUAGAAUGCAGCCAAUCACUGUAUUCAGUAGAACACCGGCAAUCACAAGACUCAAUAGAACACAGCCAGUCACAGAGCUCAGAAGACAUUCCAUCCCAAAAUUGCAUCAAACACAGCCAACUACAGACCCCAGUAGAACACACCAAAUCACAGUACUCUGUAAAAUGCAGUCAAUCACAGAAUUCAGUAGAGCACAACCAAUCACAGGACUCAGUAGAACACAGCCAGUCACAGAGCUCAGUAGAAGACAUGCUAUCCCUAAAUGUAAUCAACCACAACAAAUCACAAGACCCAGUAGAAUAUAGUCUGUCACUGACCUCACUACAACACACCCAAUCACAGGAUUCCGUAGAACUUAGCCAAUCAAUUGAUUCUGUAGAAUGCAGCCAAUCACAGGAUUCAGUAGAAAACAGUCAGUCACAUACUACAUCAGAGCACAUUCAAUUACAGAAUUCUAUAGAAUGUAGCCAAUCACAGAAUUCCAUACAACACAGGAAAUCACAGGAUUUACCAGAACAAAACCAAUCACAGAACACCAUAGAGCAAAGCCAAUCACAAACUGCAGUGGAACACAGCCAAUCACAAAUUUCAGUAGAACACAGCCAAUCACAGGUUGAUUUCAUUAAGGCAAAUUCUAUGAACACCCUGUGGACUGUGACCGAGUCAGACUCAAACACAAACACAGCGGCUCUUAAUGAAAAGGGACAAUUAAAACAGGACUGUGUGGACGUAUGCAUGAAUUGCGAAGUUAGUCAAUCCUUGAAAACAUCUGGAAGGCUUUCAUCAAAGGAUAAUGACAAAGAACUCGAUUUGAACUUCAAAAAGAAUAAUAGUCUAAAUUUAAAAAAGCAGAACUUAAAUGACACCCCACCUGUUGUUUCUGAAUGUGAGUCUUUUGCAGCUGAGAGAGCUUUCUCAAAUGUGCCUAAUGCAGCUUCUGCUGGAGUGUCAGAUUCACUGAAUCAGCAUGUGAUCAAUGACCGGACCUCAGAACAGUCAGAUCUGCAGGCCAGACUUCAUUACGAUCAACAAAAUGUCCCAGUAUUACAAAUGCACACUGAAAAAAAGGAUUACUCAGUUAGUAGUUAUCACACGGAUAGUCAUUGUUUAGGGGACAGUGGGCAAACAUAUUCAGAGGACCAUGAGCUUGAGGCAGAUUUUUAUGAAACCCAUCAGUGCCCUAAUAGCAAAAUUAACUGUAACACACAGGGUGAAUUCACUGAAGCAGAAGUGUAUGUUAACACUACAACUUUUGAUACCAAUGAUGGUGACGUUUUAGAAGGACCACAGAAGAAUAGAAAAGCACAUCACAUUAUUAAAGGGUACCAGAAGGAAUGCACAAUAGUUCCCUCGAUAGAGCAGUCAGUUAUUUACUCUGAUAGUUCGGGGUGCAUAGAAUACACUAGGCCUAAGUCAUUGAGUGUUGCGUGUCCUGACAUGAAGACAGCUGAAGCCGAUAGGUGUCCUGUAGACAGUCCUCUCGAAUCUCUGGCUAGUCUGUUUGAGAUUUCAUAUGACAAAUCUCAAGUCAGCCCCACAGAUGUUUGCUUUGAGCUCAGUGAUGGCCUUCAUAUGAACUGUAAACAAGUAGCAAAUUGCGUUAUAGAAUAUACAGAGACCUCCAAACAAUUUCACCAACCCGACACCCUGUCUGACAAACAAGCAAGGCAAAACGAGUCACUUGAAACAAUUGAGCUGGAUGUUGAUAGUUUGUCUAGUGCAUGUACUGAUCCCUUCACAAAUACGCAAUCUCCUUUUGAUUAUUCCCAGCUGAACAGUAGAAACAAUGAAUACAGCUCAGACACAAAUAAUAAUAUUAAAGCCAUUACUUUAGAAGAGUGUGCCUCAGGUGAACAGAUCUCUUUGCCCAAUUAUUUGCAAAAAUACAGCAGGUUUACUAACAAUGCUGGAUCUUUAAUCUCAAAAGAUGGUGAUUGCAAAGACAGUGCCCCUGCUAGUCAGGCUACUCCCUUUAAAGCACCUGAAAUGAGGACUACAAUUGACAGCAAAGAUAAUGCAGCUAAACCUUCUGAAUUCAACGAAUUCAGCAGCCAUAGAGAUGCUAUACUAAAGCAGCUCUGUGAUUGCUGUGGUGGAAAGGAGUGCCAGCUGCACUUGUCUGCAGUGGAAGGAGAGCAGACAGCAGGAGGAUUUCAGUUCAAGGGCACAGACGGCAUCAGUCAGAGCAGAACUGCAGCGUUGCAAACCUUGAGUCCCUCACACACAGAUGACCAAUGCAGCACACAUGGAGAGGUUAAUGCAGACUCUACAAACUGUGAAUUUUCACAUAUUGGCCAUUUGCUUGCACACAAACAUCCGGAGCUCAUCCAAGAGAAAAGCAUAUUACCACUGAGUGGCUCUCUCAAGGUCGAUGAUACUUAUGCAUUAGAAAACAUGGAGAGAAAGCUUGAAGCUUUCUGGCAAACUCUCCUGAAAGCACUGAUUCAAUAUGUGAAACUUCUGAUCCUCUUUGUGAGCAAUCUUUGCAACUGCGCAACUCGGAGACUGAGGGCGCAUUUGUUACAUGUUGCCGUAUUUUACCCAUCACUAAUUUAG